GGCACUAUAUUGCGUUAAGGUAGUGUUCCACAGCUUAUCGUCCAAUUAAUCAUAACCCUCCGAAAAAAAAGAUAUCAAUUUUACGCGCUGAACCACCAAAAACAAAAAAGAAAGAGAAAAACAACAGAUUUCGGCACUCGAUAUACUACGUAUACCUGCAUUGCCCAAUUGACUUUUAGCACGAAAGCAGCCAAGCCCAAGAUCCGUGACUAUUGUGUGCCAGUUCGUCAAGUGUUAACUAAAUUAAUGCUAUAUAAAAUAGAAGAAGAAGCAUAAAAAAGAAAGAAAGAAAGAAAUGAAGAGACUUAGAAAACAAAAUUACUCGAACGAAAAAGCGCUAAAAAAGAGGCACAAACCAAAGAACGAGAAGAAGAAAUGAUGAUGAUAUUAUUGUGUAUAGUAUACACGGCCACAGCGGCUAGAGGUAAAAUAGAUAUUUCAGUACGUUCACAUACUUCGACGGAGAAUGUGGUGUACGCAUAGUAGCAUCGUGUGCUAUGCGCUUUUCGACUCCGCUGCCUCUAAUCACAUCGAAUCAAAACAAAACAAACGAAUGCACACAUUCGAACAUCCAAAACAAAUCACUUGAAACGUAUCGUCACAUGAAUCAGUGUUUUAAUGAGCCAAAUUGACUCGUUUUGAUAAUCGAAAUUGUUCACAAAAACAAAAAAAUUGUGACUUAUUGCAAAUUGCACAUUGACAAUAGUGACAUUGAUCGAAAUCACAGACAUUAAAUUGUCGAGUUAAACGGCGAAAAACGACUCGUCUGAUAGAGUGAAGAGGAAACUGGAAAUCAGUGCAGUGACUUUUGUAAGCGCGUUUUGCAAGUGAAUUCGCAUGGUUUUUCUGUCUUUAUUGUAAAUAGUGAUAUAUAAGAUUGAAACAAUGCCUUCCGGAUAUCAAAGAUCCAAUGGAAUAAAUGGAAUCCAUCCGCCAAAUGGACAUAUCAACGGUGGCUUAAAAAUGCGGUCUUGGGCAAACGGUGGAACACAUUUAAAUGGACAAAUUGAUCACAUGUCAACGCUAUCGCGUCCACGAUCCAUUGAAGCCAUCUCAAACGGGACUCUACCAAAUAAUAUACGACAUUGUAAUGGUGUUUUGUCACGUGGAUCCGGCAAUGGCCUGCACGAAGACUCCGACUUUCCACCAAAUUACACAAAAUCAUUGUCACGACGUAAACCAAUCGUAUGGAUGCGACCACAUGACAUGUCGUCGCGCCCUCAGUUUCGAUUGUCGAUGGGAGGAUCUGUUUUAACAACACGAGAACUACCCGAACCAGUUGGACCGGGCGAUCCAAAUCUACUCGCCGCAAUCGGAUGUUUGUCUCAGUUCCCUCGAUUGUUGGAACGCGUUGUGCCACCCGAUCAAACCUUUGAUGCAGCCAAUGGCUACUGUGGCAUGUUCAGGUUUCGUUUUUGGCAAUGGGGUCGUUGGAUCGAAGUGAAAGUUGAUGACCGUUUACCAACGCGUGGUGAUCGACCCGCUCACAUGCACUGCGCCCAACCAGACAUUUACUGGGCUGCAUUGCUCGAAAAAGCUUAUGCCAAAUUGUAUGGAGGAUAUGCAUUCUUAAAGUAUGGUUCGAUUGGCCGGGCAUUGCAAGAUUUAACUGGUGCUGUCGUACAAAGCGUUCCGCCAUCUGGGCCAUUAUUGGGAGGUGCUGUUCCACGAUCAACAUUACUCUUGGCUAUAACUGGAACGGAAAAGGGUACAAAACAUCGUCGAUCCGGUUUAUUAUCAGACCAUCCGUAUUGUGUAACUGGACUUGCUCGAGUGCGGACAACACAAUCAGCCAUGGACUCACAGAAUAACAUCAAUGCCCUACAUGAUACGAAUCUUGUUAGAUUACGAAGCCCAUGGGCUGGUUCAGAAUAUGGUGGAAUUUGGGGUGGCGCUUGGUCAGAGAGAAGUUGGGAGUGGAAUGCACUGAGCGAUCGAGAUCGCGAAUUGCUCGCCAGCCGAUCACAGCACGAAGGUGAAUUUUGGAUGGCCGUGCCGGAAUUUUUGCAGCGCUUCUCAGUAAUAUGGCUUGCACACAUCGGGCCCGAUGAUUGGGCACUUGAAACGGGGCUCCAUUCGCGCACACCAUGGCGUGCCGCUUUGGCAUUUCGAUCGUGGCGAGCCGGAUUCAAUGCUGGUGGACCACAUAAGUGUAUAGAAACAAAUGCGACGAACCCACAAUUUCGAAUACGGGUGCCGAGCGGUCAUCCUUCUAAAGCACAUGUUGUUGUCGCUGUUGCCCAAAAAUAUGAGUGCUAUCGCAGUCGCAUGUUCGAAGACGAACAAGUCGGUUUUUGCAUAUACGAAGUUCCACCAGGAAUGGCAAGAGUAACACCACAAUAUACGAGUGAACAGAUGCCGUUGGAUCAUGCGCCGCUGCAGAAUGCUCGUGAAGUAGCCACAUUUUUUGCGUUGCCAGCUGGCGAUUUUGUUGUGAUGCCAAACAGUGUUCAACAUCGUGAAGGGAAAUUUCUCCUACGAAUUCUGGCUGAUCAACAUGCCGAUGUUUGGGAAAUCAAUGAAGAUAAUUUAGUUGUACACAGCAUUUCAAGUGAUUUUGGCGAUGAUCGUUGUGUUGAAUACCAACGUUUAUUAUACAAACUUCGUUCACGUUAUCCACCUGAAAUCGACGCAGCGCAGCUACAGUAUAUUAUUCGAAGUAUUUAUUGUGGGACGCUGCGAAGUUUGCGAACCAUUGGAGGUCCAUCGUUAGAUUUAUGUCGAUCGCUAUUGGCGCUACGCGAUCCAGGGCUUGGAGGCAGACUAUCCCUCGAUUAUGUCCCAAUUUUAAUCAAUCUACUCAAGUUCUGGAAGGCUGCAUUCCGUCGCUGUGGCACCGUUGGUACAUUGUCGCUCAGCCGAAGCACUUGGAACGUCAAAGUAUCAUCGUAUAGUCUACGGAGUUUGCUGUGGGCUGGUGGAGCGACCGCAAGUAAUAAAGUGAUAGAAGCACUUGUUGGACGAUUUGCACGCAAUAGAUUCAUUACGCUUGAGGGUUAUCUGAUGUCGAUGACGCGACUUCAUUUGGCGCAUGAGCGUUUCCACAGUUUAGAUGCAAAGGCAAAAGCGAAUCCAUUGACGCUAGAAGAAAUGAUUUUAAUGACGAUUUAUUCGUAAGCCCCAGAUCAUAUCCAAUAUUGGAACCAUCCAAAUCAGAUGAACCUCGAAAUACAAAGUUAAUGUUUUUUUCAAACAUUUUUAACGAAACAUGUAAUCCUUUUUUUCAAAUAGCCAAAGAAUUGAAAGUUUAAAUUAUUUUGCAUACAUCAGUCAAAAUUGUAUUGUAGCAGGGCAUGUAUAUUCCAUUUACACACGUUUCCACUCCUUGAUUAUUAUAUUUUGGAAAAAAAUAUAUAGGUUUUACACAGAUUUUCUAGUUCAAAAUGCAUAUACACGCAAUAUUCCAUUGAAUCAAAACAUUGUUUAGAAUUAAGCUAUUUAAUUUUCUAUUUAUUCCGAUGAAUUUUUAUUUAAUUAAGUGUUUGCAUGAGUUUUACAAAUAUUUAUUAAAAUGCUUUGCUUAAAGAAAUAUGAAUUUAUUUUCUUCCACUUGCUACUUGUCAUUUUCAUUUGAAAUUUCUUUCACUCAAUUCGAAGUCAAUUAUAUUGAAAAAAUUGUGUUAUUGAGAAUAAAAAUGGGAAUACAGAAGUGUUUGAACUGAAGUGCCACAAGAAAUUUGUUUCUUA